AUGGUGUCCUUGACGAGUUUGGCCGCAGCCUUUGGCGCUGUUGUAUUGCUGCUCUCUGGAGAUGGAGCCACUGCCACUUCGAUAUUCAGAAAGCCAGCAAGCCCCAGCUACAGCAGUGCCAACGUCUGCCCGGAGCGAUGCAGCGUUUCCGGGCCCAGCACGGGCAACUGGUCCGUCUAUCCCAACUUCAACAAGAUUCGAAAAUGCCCCGAGACCAUGUUUUAUGACUUCUCCCUUUACGAUCAAGUCGACAACAAGGACGAGAAUCACCGCAUCCAAGCCUGCUCCUCGUUCGGACCCGACUUUGCCACCUUUCCUGCCGAGUCCGUCCAGCUUGCCUCUGCCGAGUCCCACAAUGUCGAGUUUGAGAUUGGCUGGUGGAAGGAGGGCUAUGGCCUUGCGGCAGCUGGGAUCAAGUCUCUCGUGAAGCAGGUCCGCAAGUAUGCUGAAAAUGGCCAUGGGACCACGGAACGACCGUUCAUGAUCUAUGGCCAGUCCGGCGAGGCGACUAUUGGUCUGUACAUUGGGCAGGGUCUCCUCAACGAAGCUAUCGGCGAGUCCGCACUCAAGACAUUCCAAGACAACCUCGAACACCUCAACGUCUCGACGACAAGCUUGGCUAUGCAGCUCUGUGGGCCAGGCUAUGGCAGCAACCAUAUCUUCGGUAUCGUGGCCACCAGCAACGGCACCUUUACUCCCAUCCAGGACGCCAUCAAGUCCUGGGCCAAUGGCACAUGCCUGUCCUUUUCGGGGUCGACUAAGUUUCCAGGCCUGGCCAAGUUCACCACGCCGCUUCUGCACAGCAAUCGCACCCUCGCCACCACCAAUUCCACCAUUCCGAGCAACUCAGCCAUCCACGCCAGGGCCCACCACCGCCACUCAACCAUCCAUGCCAGGGCCCUCCACCGUCGUGCUGAGUGCCGGACGGUCCAGGUCGACCCAAAUUCCGGAUGUCCAGAGGCUGCUCAAAAGUGUGGUAUUUCGGCGUCCGACUUUACCAAGUACAACCCCGGGGUCGACUUCUGCAAGAAUCUGAAACCAAAGCAGCACGUCUGCUGCUCCAGUGGAGACCUGCCUGACUUUAGCCCUCCGCAAAACGAGGACGGCUCUUGCUAUUCGUACCAGGUCCAGGGAGAUGACAACUGCGACAACCUUGUUGCUGAGUACAGUCUGACCAGGGACGAGCUUGAGGAAUUCAACAAAAACACCUGGGGGUGGAAUGGCUGUGAUCCUUUAUACAAGGACGCUGUCAUCUGCCUGAGUGAAGGCACUGCCCCGUUUCCUGCACCCAUUGCCAAUGCCAUCUGUGGCCCCCAAAAGCCAGGUUCCGAGCCCCCGACCGAUGGCUCUGAUAUUGCAGAAAUGAACCCCUGCCCGCUGAAUGCAUGCUGCAACAUCUGGGGCCAAUGUGGCAUUACCAAGGACUUUUGUGUUGACACCAACACGGGCGCCCCCGGGACCGCUGAACCCGGUACAUAUGGCUGCAUCUCCAACUGCGGUCUUGAUGUCGUCCAGGGGUCUGGAUCUGGCGAGAUCAAGAUUGGAUAUUAUGAAGGCUACUGCUUGAGCCGAAAGUGUCUCUAUCAAGAUGCUCUUCAGAUCGACACCUCGCUCUACUCGCAUAUCCAUUUUGGCUUUGGUACCUUGACAGCCGAUUAUCAAGUUGAGGUUGGCGACGUGCUGUCGACCUACCAAUUUCAUGAAUUUAAAAAGAUCUCGGGUGCAAAGCGGAUUCUAUCGUUUGGUGGCUGGGAGUUCUCCAACAGUGACGCCACGUACAAGAUAUUUCGCACUGGUGUCCGUCCCGAGAACCGGCUUACCAUGGCGACGAACAUUGCCAACUUCAUCAAGGAGCAUGACCUGGACGGCGUCGACAUUGACUGGGAGUAUCCUGGAGCUCCAGAUCUCCCCGUGUACGACCCUGGUACGGAGGAGGAGGGCCCCAACUACCUGGCAUUCCUGGUGGUUCUCAAGAAUCUUUUGCCCGGGAAGUCCAUUUCGAUUGCUGCCCCGUCGUCCUAUUGGUAUCUGAAGCAGUUCCCUAUUCAGCAAAUGUCCAAGAUCCUCGACUACAUUGUCUACAUGACCUAUGAUCUCCACGGUCAGUGGGAUGCCCACAACAGCAACUCCCAAGAAGGAUGUGAGACCGGCAAUUGCCUGCGUAGCCAGGUGAAUCUGACCGAGACCAAGCAGUCGCUGGCAAUGAUUACCAAGGCAGGGGUUCCCGGCGAAAAGGUGAUUGUCGGGGUGACAAGCUAUGGGCGAUCUUUCAAGAUGGCGAGCCCUGGAUGCUGGGGCCCUGACUGCCAGUUCACCGGGGACCGCUUGAACUCCAACGCCAUGAAGGGAGAGUGCACCGACACUGCAGGGUACCUCGCCGACGCCGAGAUUGCAGAGAUCAUGGCGGAUUCUUCCCGAGUGGUCACGAGCUUUAUCGACACCAGCAGCAACAGUGACAUCCUGGUUUACGACAACGACGAAUGGGUUGGGUACAUGAGCGCCGCGACCAAGAAGACACGAACAAACCUCUACACCGCGUGGGGGCUGGGAGGAACCUCGGACUGGGCCACCGACCUGCAAAGCUUCCACGCAGUCCCGCCCCCUCAGACCAAAUGGGCCAACUUCAUCGAAAUCGCCAGCAGCGGAGAAGAUCCCAAGACCGACCAUUCGCGGAACGGCAACUGGACCGACUUCGAUUGCACCCACGAGGUCAUUGAAGACAAGUUGGACUACACGCCCUCGAAGCGAUGGAGCGGAGUGAACGCGGAUGCGGCGUGGGAGGACGUGGUGCGCAUCUGGAAAGAGACUGACAGCAAGAGACCCGCGGUCAACUUCACCCAGUCGGUGUCCAGUACACUUCGGAUCGGGGAUCAGGCCAACUGCGGCGCCGCCAUACAAGACAGCUGCAACACAAUCAGCUGCAUCGCCCCGUUAGAUCGCGAGCUGUCGGGGCCCGCAGGACAGCUGAUCUGGAACUCGCUCGCUUCCAUCCACAAGCUGUUCACGGACUACGAUACAUAUCUCUGGAGGGCCGCCACGACGCUGAGUCUACAAAUUGACCAUUUGACCAACGAAUUUGCACCUCUUCCGGAAAAGGACGACGGAGUGUGGCAAGACUUGCUCACUAACCUCCUUGUCCUGGGAGGCGUGGGAACUGCUGGACCCCUGAUGAGCAAGGUGCUGAGCCAGCUCGCUUGGUUCAAUCAGAACAGCAGAGGGGAAACCACACAGAGUGUGGCCAUGACCGUCCUCGAACAAGGCAUCAUGGUCGCCGGUGGUCUUAUGAAUGGGGACGAUGCGUAUUGGACGCCCGAGAAACAGGACGAAUUCUCAGCCUACAUGGGCCAAGUCAUCAACGGCUGGUCGAAAUUCAACUCUUAUUCUCUGUCCGCGUUGCUUGACAAAGGCGAUGAUGCUGCGAUCGACGCCAUCUGGGACCUCAUUUCCGAUGGAAAACUCAUCGAGGGUAAAUUCGAGAAUGAACCCCCAGCAGAGCGCGAUUUGGCGGGUGAACUGCAGGACGACAUCCUCAAGUGCGUAUUCGGCUUCACCAUCCCGGCACUCUGGCGCUCCGCGGGUACCUAUCCCUUCAUCCUCAGGACCGGUAAAGGGUGCGGCGUGGACCAUUAUCUCGAGGAGAUGGAGGAGUACCUCGACGAGGAGACGAUGAAGGAGACGGGGGAAUGCGUCGACGACGAACAAUGGUACCUUGUGUAUCCCAAAGGCGACUCGGAGAAGUGCAACUGCCAGGUCAACGAUGGAGGCCCCUGCAACGAGCAAUGCGUGCCAGCCAAGUUCUCCGCCCCUCCAGGUCUCGACUCCCUCAACGGUACAGCCUUCGGCAACAUCAGCAAGAAGGACCUGAUCGCGGGUUCCGUCAACACCUGGAGGGACAACGAAGGGGAAAACACCUACAAAUACGCGGAUCCGACCGACCCAGACACCGUGAGGAACCUGAUGAAUGUCGAGGUCACAACCGCAGGGUACAUGCACAUCCCCGUCUGCAGCGCCGCGCGCGCGUAUCAAUCCUGGGACACGACCAGUGCGGGCUCCAGCGAGUUCUACCCCUGUGACAUCCCCCCGGGCAAGGACUACUGCGGACAAGCGACGUUUGAGGACCAAACCAGCGACGCUUCGCCGGAUAUCGAGGACUGCCGCACCAUCAUCAGGAACAUCCAGAGCAAUGGGAAGACCGACUUCACGCAUCAGGUUGUUGGCAAGCCGCACCGUGAGAUUCUCGACUUCGAGUCCUGCCACUUUGGUAUCGAGGCCACCAGUGUCAACGGCAAUGUCGAGUUCUAUGUCGGCGGACAGGACGUGAUUGAUAUCAUCAACGACGCCAUUGCGAAGUUUGGCAACAGCAACGGCAAGGUCGGAGCCAAGGGGCUUAUGAAUUGCAAUGGCAAUAUCAAGAGCCAGGGUGUUGAGUGGGGGAUCUACUAG